CAUUUCACAACUCAAGCCCUUUCCUAGAGCGAACACAUCCUUUCUUUCUUCCCGAUAUAUUAACAAAUUCUUCGUUUUCCACCUAGCGGGAGAUAUGGCCAUCACUUGUUUUACCCAAGAGUUCACGACCCCUGUUGCUCCAUCUAGGAUGUUCAAGGCACUGAUCCUAGACUCUCACAACCUCAUCCCGAGAAUUGCCCCUCAGGGUAUCAAGAGCAUUGAGUUUGUGGAGGGAGAUGGUGCUGCUGGUAGCAUCAAGCAAACCAACUUUGCUGAUGGUGGACAUUUGAAAUGGCUGAAGCACAGGAUCAACGCAGUUGAUGCAGAGAAGCUUGUGUGCAAUUACACUCUGAUCGAGAGUGACAUCGCAUUCGACAAGAUUGAGUCGGUGGUGUACGAGGUGAUGUUCGAAGCUUCUAGUGAUGGUGGAUGUGUCUGCAAAAUGACAAGCGAGUACCAUGUCAAGGCAGGCGUGGAGCUGAAGGAGGAGGACAUUAAGCAGGGCAAGGACAAGGCGAUGGGACUCUACAAGGUUGUCGAGGAAUACCUUGUCGCCAAUCCCGAAGCCUAUGCCUAAAAAGGCAUUUUUCUAGCUUUUCAUUUCUUGAAUUCGUGGUGUGAUUCUUUCCUCUGUUGUUUCUUAUCCCCUGUUUGGAAGUUUUCCAUAUUUUUUACGGGGCAUAAAUGUCUCGAAGAGCCAGUAAAAUAAGAAAUCAUCUUGAUCUCAGCACCACUCCAUCCUAAUACUGCUCCAAAGAACCAGGCAUUUCUAAUUUUUACUGUACGAGUGCUGGCAUGUAAAUUAUACACGUAUCCAAGUGUUACCACGGAUCUCUGUUUAUGAACCUUUCUGUUCCCAAGCAAGCAUAAAUAAAAAUCGAAUUUUUUUA